ACAUGUAUUAUAAUCAAAAGGCUUCAGGGUCAAAUGUUCAUGACCUACAAAUACAACUAUUUGUUCACAUCGCACGAUUAAAAUCAAUGCACAACAAUCCGUCUAUGGGCUAUUGAUAAAAAGUUCGAGCAAGGGUCUUUGGUUAACUACAGCGGUUGAUUCGUAACGCAAUGGCCCAUGCGCGAUACAAUUGCAAAUGGCGAAUCAUGACGAUGGCCCUAAGUCCAACGUCAUCAUGAAACCUCCGUCUCCUGGUUCCCUGUUGUACAUUAGGAUAAGCGCUGCUAUAAACCAGCGACGCUGGUCCCAAACAGUGGUCUAGACCACAGAGCGUCCAACGCAUCGACUAGCGUGCGUUCGAUAGUUAGACGAACUAGAGUUAAGCAGUUCUUGAUUGACCGAACGUGCUCCAGUCUGUACUGCGGCGCGACGGCUGCUGACGAGAAGCAAAAUGGCCUCUGAUAGCGCGUCUCGAGAUCCGAUCCUGAAGCAACUCCGGAGGGUUGACGAUGAAGGUUGGUUCGUCUUGGAGUUUGAUAACGGCUACACGGGGAGGUACCCGUACGUCUGGAUGCGUGACAACUGCCGCUGCUCCGCUUGCUACCACCCAUCCUCCUGGCAGCGAACUUCGCAUGUCGCCAACCUGGAUCCCGAGGUACUAGCGAGCCGCGAAGAGAUCCGAGCUGACGGAGCGGUCUUGGCCGUCGACUGGUCCGACGGUCACCGCAGCGAGUUCCAAGCCGAGUGGCUCAACCGCCAGCGAUUCGCCGAGUCCGUAACGGACCACGUGGAGGGGCAGGAGCUGCAGACAUGGGGAGCCGAGAUGAGCAGCGAGGUGGCCCGGUUCGACUUCCAGCGGCUCCUGGUGGAUGAGGUGGAGCGUUACAAGUGGCUGAGCCAGCUCUUCACCAAGGGGAUUGCUUUGGUCCAGGGGGCACCCUGUCAAGUGGGUACCAUUGGGCAACUGGCCAAAUCGGUCGCCUACUUGAGAACCACUUGCUAUGGGGACACUUUCCAAGUCUUCAGCAAACCCAGUGCCAGCAGUAUUGCCUUCACGCCCAAGUCGCUUGGACUCCACAUUGACCUGCUGUUUUAUGAAUACUGUCCAGGUAUCCAGAUGCUCCAUUGCAUCCAGCAAGCAGGGGAAGGUGGUGACAGUCAGUUCGUAGAUGGCCUGAAUAUUGCUGAACAGCUACGCCGGGACCACCCCGCCGAGUACCAGCUACUCCGCACGCUGCAGAUCGACUUCCGUGACGCCGGGGAUGACUACAUCAACUACCAUCUCAAGACUCGACGUCCCAUGAUACAGUACGAUCGUCACGGGAAGUUCCAAGCAAUUAAUUACAGCGAUCACUGCCGCUCAACAGAGCUGAACAUCCCCGUGGAAGACGUCAAGAAACUCUACAAGGCCAUCAAGGUCUUCAACACGGUCAUGUAUCGUCCGGAAAACGUGUUCAGACACCGCCUGGCCGCUGGUGAGAUCAUAACUUUCAGCAACGGCCGCGUGAUGCACGGCCGCAGCGCGUUCAAGCUCGUGGGCUCCCAGGCAAGACAUCUGGAGGGAGGCUACUUUGAUUGGGACGAAGGCAAAUCGGCCAUGAGACUUCUGCGAGAGAAGCUGUAUGGAGAAAAGAGGCUUUAGAGGACAUGAUUGUCGAGUUGUGGUUCGCAAGUUCUCGCAAGCCUUCAAAAGUCCUUUGCCAAAGUCCUCGAAAGCUUACAAGUAUUAUCACAAGUCGUAAUUGAACAAAACUCCAUAUUUUCUGAAAAUUCUUGAAGCGUCCCCAUAGGUCCCCAGAAGCUUUACAAAGUCCUUGCAAGUCCACAAGUUAUCACAGAGCUAUGCGUAUUCUCACAAGUCCUCGUAAGUCCACAUAAGCCAUAACAAGUCCUCACAUAAUUACAUGUCAUCAUCACAUUUCCUUACAAGUCAGCACGAUUUAUCAAUAGUUUAUACCCAAGUGCUCACAAGUCCCAACAAAGACUCGAUCAGAAGAGCCCACUAGUCAUCAUACAUCUUCACCUGCCCGCAGAAUUCAUUUCAAGUUUUCAAACGUUCUCACGAGUUCUCAAAAUUCCUUACAAGUCCUCACAAGUCCUAGCAGUUUGGAUCUCGACUGAGAAAUAUUUCAGAAACCUGCUUUAAAUGAAAAACGUCCUGCAGAUAACACAGAAGCUCAACUUUGACAGACUGAUUCCACAUCAAGGAUGUAUCUUCGAGCCAUAUAUAUGACUAUAUUGUAUCAUGUUAUACAUGUCCUUUAAUUGUUCAAUUCCAGCCUUAUUGCUGUGGCACCUGGUAUCAAAUACAUCUCAAUCUUUAACUCAAUUAAAAAAUCUCAACGACAAAAAUCCCUGAAUGGUCAAAACCAAACAAAUAUCUGAUAAAAAUGUAUUAAUUAGAGUGUUCAGUUAAACGCGUCGAUUGACAAAUUCUGACAGUUAUUAAUAAAGCACGCGCCCUUAACAUUUUAAAGUGAUUAUUAUUAUAUUACAAAUAUAAAACCAACGAUAUCACAUAGUUGAGGUAUUUAAUGGUUGGUAGAUUAUUACACUUAUAUUUUCUAAUUCCAUUUAAUCUACAUUACACUACAUGUAAAUGCAAAAACUGUUCGAUAAAACUAUGAUUUUUUCACAUCUGGGCCUAUGCUGUCAAUAUAAAAAGGAUUUUAGUAUUCAUAUCAUACGCAUAAUAGUUUUAUUCUUGCAUUUCCCAAAAUAGAUUCGAAUAAAAAAAUAUUGAAAGAUAUGCAGAAUUAUA